GGAAGAGACGGGAGGAAUAGAAAAGGAGCAAAGGAAGAAAGAAAAGGGCUCAAGAAGGAGGGAAAAAGAAUACGUAAAUGGGAGAAUAAAAAAAAACAGAGAAAGCAGUAAAGUAAGGAAAGAGCAAGAGAUGAAGAAGGAAGAAAAAGGAAAAUGA